UCCACGUAAAUAGGUUAUAAUAUAUUAAUAACUUUAUUCACAAUAAUAGCAUCAAAUAUACUUAGUAAUAUCAUAGGUAGGCUGACUGACCCUCUUCGCCCAGAAUCGAUUUUCUUAUACAAUGAUAUUAUAUCAUUGGAUUCAAAUUUAAUACAAUCCUUUACAGUGACUCACUAGUAACAUACUGUACAGCAGAGCGACACCCACUUACCAACCCUUUUUAAAUUUGUAUUUAGAUACAUUAUGUUUACAUUAUUAAAUUUAUUUAUUUAUUUAUUUUUGAAAUAGGCCUAUAGCAACCUGUAAAAUCAAAGUUGAAGAUCUAAACAUUGUUUCUCUAUAAAUCAUAUUAUUGUUAAAUCAAACAUUUAUGCCUUUGCUCAGAAUCCAAAAUCUUUAGCUGCCUAAUAAAUAAAUGAAAUAUAACAAUAUGUAAACAAAUUAAAUGAAUAAUUUUUUCAAUUUUGUGUUAAAUUGAUAUUACACAAAUAUGAUGGAUGGAACUUUUAAUUUGGUUAAUGGUUUUCUCAAAAAUGUAUUAUAAUAUUUAGUAAUAUUAUUUAAAAGCUUUAUGACAAAUUAUCUAACAAACAUCGCGUGACGUUUUAAACAUUUAAACUACCCAUUUCACAUAAUAUUAGUGUACAACAUACAUGAUACAUGUAUACAAAUACAUUUAUAUUAACAAUACAAAGCUAUAUACAGCGUGUUCAACAAUUUAGGGAACACUGAAUUUUUCAACUGGAUUAUAUUGGAAUAAAACAAUUUUUAUUUUACAAGUUAGUAGUAUAUAAAUACACAUUUUUAGAUAAAUUUCAAAUUUUUAACCAUUGUGGUAUGCACAUGCGCAAUACAACUGUAUUUUUUUAAAUAACAACCAGUAUUUUCUAACCAUUCAAUCAUCAAUAAAAAUCGAUUACAACAGUUAUUUAAAAAAAUAUAAAGGUUUUAAAUGAUAAGAUAAUCUUAAUUGGCACAGUUAUUCAAAUAAUUUUGUAUUAGGUAAUUAUAAGUUAAAUUAUGUUAAUCUUGUUUAUAGCGUGUAAAAAUAUUCAAAAAGUAACCAAUAAUAAUAAAUAACUAUAAAUGCUUCAUGCAUUUUUAUGAAUGAUAAAAAUUUAUGAUUUAUCAAAAUUAAAAUGGCUCUUAUUCAGUGAAUUUUGGUUUUAGAGCCAUGUUUGUCAUUAUAUGUUAAAAUGACUCAAAAACUUUCAGUCUAUCCGAAUUUAGUAUCGAAAAUACCGGUUGCUAUUUGAAAAAAUACAGUUGUAUUGCUCAUGUGUGUACCACGAGGGUUAAAAAUUUGAAAUUUAUCUAAAAAUAUAUAUUUAUAUACAACUAACUUGCAAAAAAAAAAUUGUUUUAUUCCAAUAUAAUCCAUCCGGGAAAUUCAGUGCUCCCUAAAUUGGCGAACACACUGUAUAUAUUUUAAUUCACAACAAUAUACAUACACAAAAAAAAUUAUAAUAAAAAAAAACCACAUAAUUGAAAAAUCAUUCUGCUUUUAAAAAAUCAUUUCAAAAGUAUUACUGGCUACUGCUGUAUAAUUCAUUUUAAUCCUUUUAAUAAAUUUAAAUACAUAAUACAUAAUAUACUAAUAUUAAAAACUAUUUUAUUAUUAAUUAGGUUCAAAAAUCUGUUGAUUAAGUAUAGAUUUUAUAAUAAAAGAUAUUCAUAAGUAGUUGAGUAAGGCUCCUACUAUAAUAUCAAGUAGUAAUAUAAGAAUACAUUUGGCUGUUGAUAAGUAGUCGAGUAAGGCUCCUACUAUAAUAUCAAGUAGUAAUAUAAGGAUACAUUUGACUAUUUAUAAGUAGUCGAGUAAGGCUCCUACUAUAAUAUCAAGUAGUAAUAUAAGGAUACAUUUGACUAUUUAUAAGUAGUCGAGUAAGGCUCCUACUAUAAUAUCAAGUAGUAAUAUAAGGAUACAUUUGACUAUUUAUAAGUAGUCGAGUAAGGCUCCUACUAUAAUAUCAAGUAGUAAUAUAAGGAUACAUUUGACUAUUUAUAAGUAGUCGAGUAAGGCUCCUACUAUAAUAUCAAGUAGUAAUAUAAGGAUACAUUUGACUAUUUAUAAGUAGUCGAGUAAGGCUCCUAUUAUAAAAGUUAAAGUAAAUUAAAUUUUAAAAUGAGUGUAUUAAAAAACGUGGGAAAAAUAGCCAAUUUCAUUCAACAAAAAUAUCCUACAUUGGAAUUUGGCAACAUAAGUGUUUCUAAUGAGGCGAUAAGUGACAUUUGUAUUGUAAUAUUAAAGAAAGACAAUUGCAAAAAAGCUAAAAAAAAAAAUUUAGUUAUGGCAUUGAAUAAUCCUAAUUCAGCUCUGAGAAAAUUUUUAGUUAGUAAUUCAGAUGAUAAGUUACACUUCCAUAAUAUACUCCAAGACAAUGGUUAUUCAAAAAAUGAUUUUUGUACUUAUCAAACAGAGGUUGUUAACUCUAUUUGUAAAAUGUUAAAAAUGAAUUGUAGCCGUAAAAAUCAACACAGAAUAUUUCAGCGUUGUCAAGAGAGUUUUCAAGAAAAUGAAAUUUCUGGUAGUCCUAAAGAAUUAUCUCAAAAAGAAACUACUAUGUUAGGUCAAGUAAAUGAACUAAAUGAGAGUACUACAGUGUGUGUAAAGAGAAAAUUGUUAAUCGAAGGUUCUCCUCAAAAAGAAAACAAUAAUACAUCUGAUUUAAUUGUAGAUGAGAUACCCCAUAUAUGUUGUAUGGCUCUAUAAUUGUUUGUAACAAACCAGAAGAAAAUGGCCAUAAUAACAAUAAGGUUUCGAUUAAAGCAAUCAAUGUCAAUGAGGAAAUGUUAACCACCCCUAAGCGUAGAUCAAAUGUUUCAUUUACUGGAGAUUUGUUUACCCCAGAAAAGAGAUUUAAAUCUAUCUCUGUUUGUAACACACCAGAAGCAGAUCUUAAAGCGUUGCCAAAGAACUCAAAUAAUGUAUAUCCCUUAUAAGUAAGGUCAUUCAAUAAAAUGAAAAAUGUAUUGUGUUACAAAAAGUGUAAUUUUGUGGAAUGAAUUAUUAGUUUACUUGAUGAAGAAUUUAAGCACAUAGUUGAUAACUCAAUGGAAAAAAAUAAUGUUUGUUCAAAUGAAAUAAACGAUUUGUUACGUGAAAAAUUUGAAACUGUAAAUAACUCUUGUGUAUUGACUAUCUAGAAUAAAAAUAUUACCAAGAAAGGUUUAACAUGUUAUGGUAUAUGUCGACAUGAAUCUUGUAAGCAGUUUAAACUUGUGGUGGAGAAAAAAUCAAAAGAUUUUUCUGCACGAAUAACAGUUCUGAGUAACAGUCACAAUUACAGCCACUAUGGUAAACUGACUACAUUCUUGAAAGGAAAAAAUCGACAAAUACAAAAACAAAUGUCAAAGUACUGCCCACCGAUGAGUUUACGUCAAAAAUAUAUUUUAAAAGCAUCUCCUAGUAAUCUAAAGCGUUUUAACUUGUGUAACAUUAGGUCUGAUCGUGUAUAUUAUAAGGUGUCUCACGAGCAAAAGAGUCUUGAUGAUAGGGCAGCUGACGACAGGGUUG